ACGCCGGAAAUGGUUUUACGGCAAAGUGCGGUGUUUUCGUUUUUGCGUCUAAUACAAACUACUUCGUUGAGUACCCCUAGUCGGUUUGUUCAUUUUAAUAGUAAUAAAACAGCUGGUGCACGAUAACGUAGAUUCUUUUUAAGUAAAUACUUUAAUUAUCUAAGAAAGCAUGUCAGUUGUUCCUCCGAACCGCUCGUCUACCGGCUGGCCGCGAGGAGUUAAUCAGUUCGGAAACAAAUACAUUAGCCCACCGGCUAAACCUCUAACCCUGGAGAGGACCAUCAACCUAUAUCCUCUGACCAAUUACACGUUUGGCACAAAAGAGCCGCUGUAUGAAAAGGACAGUUCGGUGGCCGCCAGGUUCCAGCGCAUGCGCGAAGAGUUUGAGAAGAUCGGGAUGAGGCGCACGGUGGAGGGAGUGCUGAUUGUACACGAGCAUAGACUGCCUCAUGUCCUGCUGCUGCAGCUGGGAACCACCUUCUUCAAACUCCCUGGUGGAGAGUUAAACCCAGGAGAGGAUGAGGUAGAGGGCUUAAAGCGGCUGAUGACGGAGAUCUUGGGGCGUCAGGAUGGUGUGAAGCAGGACUGGGUGAUUGAUGACUGCAUUGGAAACUGGUGGAGACCCAAUUUUGAACCACCACAGUACCCCUACAUUCCAGCACACAUCACUAAGCCCAAGGAACAUAAGAAGCUUUUCUUGGUCCAGUUACAAGAGAAAGCAUUGUUUGCUGUGCCGAAAAACUACAAGUUGGUGGCAGCCCCCUUGUUCGAGCUCUACGACAACGCUCCUGGAUACGGGCCCAUUAUAUCCAGCCUCCCUCAGUUACUCAGCAGGUUUAACUUCAUCUACAACUGAGGGGCGCACACAGCUCGUAAGGCUGUCUCUGUGAGUGCAGUCAGAACCUGAGAGAAAAUAAAUGGACUGGAGAAGGUGGCUACUUUCUCUGACCUGUAACCAGAGGAGAAUUGGCUUACAGUCCAAUGCUGUUUUGAAAUUUCAUGUAAUUUUCAUGUGUAUGUUUUUUUGUCCAUUUAGGUUUUGUCUUCUUCACAACUGCAUUGUAAUUUUAGAUUUUAGUGUUAAAUUACUUAUUCAUUUACCUAAAUAGCUACUUUUUAUGUUCAGUAAGGAGUGCAUACAACGACUUUAGUCAAUAAAAUGUGAUUCAGGAUUUUUUUUUUUAAUUUGUUCCUUUUUUAUAAUAAACUGCCAUCGUAAGAUUGA